CCCGCCUCUCGCUCGCGCUCUCUCUCUCUCUGCUAUAGUAAGUGCGUGCGCGCUGCUGCUGUCUUCCGACGCUCCAUUUCUGUGAGAAACACACAGGAAACUUGUCUAAAAACACACAGGAUCGACACUUAAACGUUAACUUUGGCAGAUGAAACCUCGAUUGUUGUUUCUCGUCGAUCUUUUAACGGACUACCGCCGAUAACGAGCCGAGCGCUGAGGGGAAAUCCGACCGAAGAUGGGUGUAAAGUCGCGGCUUGCACACUGAAGUUGGAGGAUAUUUUCCUGGUGGAAGUGAAAGAGAAGCGGCAACUUGAUUCUUGACGGGGCUGAUUGAGAGCUCCAGCGUCGCUCAUCCUCUGAGGUUGAGCUAAGAUGAGCAUUACCAGUGAUGAAGUCAACUUUCUGGUCUACAGAUAUCUGCAGGAGUCAGGUUUCUCUCACUCGGCGUUCACGUUUGGCAUCGAGAGUCACAUCAGUCAGUCGAACAUCAACGGGACUCUGGUGCCUCCUGCUGCCCUCAUCUCCGUCCUGCAGAAAGGCCUUCAGUACGUGGAGGCCGAGAUCAGCAUCAACGAGGAUGGCACAGUGUUUGACGGCCGGCCGAUAGAGUCUCUGUCGCUCGUCGAUGCCGUGAUGCCAGACGUGGUUCACACCAGACAGCAGGCGUUCAGAGACAAGCUCGCCCAGCAGCAGAGAGCCAACAGCUCCAGCUUUAACUCGAGCACUGCUCAGUCCCACGGCACCAAGAACGGAGAAACAGCGUUCAACGGAGAGGAGAACGGCACCUACACGCUCAAUAAUCAUAUGGAGAUGAUGGAGGAGGACAGCGAGCUCCAGAUUCCCGCCACGGUGCUGAGGGGUCACGAGUCGGAGGUCUUCAUCUGCGCCUGGAACCCCGUCACUGACCUCUUGGCUUCAGGCUCUGGCGACUCGACGGCGCGCAUAUGGAACCUGAUUGAGAACAGCAGCAGCGGCUCGACUCAGCUGGUCCUGCGGCACUGCAUCCGAGAGGGAGGUCAGGACGUUCCCAGCAACAAGGACGUGACUUCACUGGACUGGAACAGUGAAGGCACUCUAUUAGCAACCGGAUCUUAUGAUGGAUUUGCAAGAAUAUGGACAAAAGAUGGUAAUCUCAGCAGCACACUCGGCCAGCAUAAAGGACCCAUAUUUGCACUCAAGUGGAACAAGAAAGGCAACAGCAUUCUGAGCGCUGGAGUCGAUAAGACGACAAUCAUUUGGGACGCUCAUACAGGUGAAGCCAAGCAGCAGUUUCCAUUUCAUUCAGCUCCGGCGCUGGACGUGGACUGGCAGAACAACAGCACCUUCGCCUCCUGCAGCACUGACAUGUGCAUCCAUGUGUGCCGCCUGGGAAGUGAGCGUCCGCUCAAGACCUUCCAAGGGCACACGAAUGAAGUGAACGCCAUUAAAUGGGAUCCGUCGGGGAUGCUGCUGGCUUCCUGCUCAGACGACAUGACGCUAAAGAUCUGGAGUAUGAAGCAGGAUUCAUGCGUUCACAAUCUUGAAGCGCACAAUAAAGAGAUUUACACAAUCAAAUGGAGCCCGACCGGCACCGGGAGCAACAAUCCCAAUGCUAACAUGCUGCUAGCCAGCGCCUCGUUCGACUCGACGGUGCGAUUGUGGGACGUGGAUCGAGGCAUCUGCAUCCACACGCUCACCAAACACCAGGAGCCCGUCUACAGCGUGGCCUUCAGUCCGGACGGCAGGUUCCUGGCCAGCGGCUCCUUCGACAAGUGCGUUCACAUCUGGGACACGAUGAGCGGUGCGUUGGUGAACAGCUACAGAGGAACGGGAGGAAUAUUUGAGGUUUGCUGGAACAGUGUGGGAGAUAAAGUGGGCGCGAGCGCGUCUGAUGGAUCGGUCUGUGUUCUUGAUUUACGGAAAUAGCUCUCGGUGAAUCCGGAUGCAGGAUCGUGCAGCUAAAGCGCGUCUCAGCGGCUGCAGGUUGUGACUGAACUCGUUUCUUCCGGUCGAUUGAGACCCACGGCUUCACCGGGAACAGAAUCCAAAUGUUGAAAACCAAAUUAGAGGAAGCGUCCACUAGAGAUGGUCAGAAACGCUGUUGAGCAGCGCAGCGACUCGGUCGAUGAAGAGCUGGAGACGCUUCAUUUGAAAGGUUUUAUUGGGGGUUUUGGACACCACUGAUGUUCAUUGGGCCAUUUGACCCUUCAUACCUGAAGUCUGACCAUAAGAAAACAAUUUUACUGGAGAACAAACUUCAAAUCAAGACGAGUUUUCCUUGCAGGAGAACCAUAAAUACUUCUGAUUGUUUUCCAACUUUAAAGAGGAAUAAAGACGUCAGCUGCCGAGUACUUGGGAAAGAUUCUCAGAUGUUAAAUAUACAGGUGUAAAACCUCCCCACUGGAUGUACAUUUAAUGAAUGUAAAGAUGUAAAUGAGACCGUAACACGCAGAUUUUAUAAACUGUGUUUAUAUGUUUAUAAACUAAUCUUUUUCCUAAAGUCUUUCAUACUUUUAUGUUGUUUUUUAUUUUGUGCACGUUAUGCCUGCUCGACUGGCAGGAAGCUCAGUGGUUUUGAAGAAAUCAAUCAUGAGGAUUUGUGCCUCUAAAUAUAGUAUCAUAAGUGGGAGACCAGCAUUUUGGGCCGCGUUUGAAUUCUCCUCAUCACAGGCGAGUCUGAAUCGGGUGUGAUUUGAUAAAACGAGAAGUAAUAAAAGCGCUCUCCUCCAUGCAAAUCUGAAUUUUGUCUUAUUUUGUUGAUCACUUGGUUUCUUGUUGCACUGGGAAGCCUUGCCCACCUUGAAAUUUCAUUGGUCCAAAAUCCUAAUUUGCAUUAAACAUAUUCACCACUGAUAAGCUACUAAAUAUAAUGUAAAUUUUCUGUAAAGCUGCUUUGCAACGAUUUGCAUCGUGAAAAGCGCUAUACAAAUAAACAUGAAUUGAAUAUUCAAUUUCAAUGUGGAAAGGCUAAUAACUGAAACUCGGAUAUAUGGAGCCCCAAAUGUGACAUGCGGACAAAAAUAUUUAUUGUGGCCAUGGAUUAAGAAUUAAUGCCCUCAUUUUAGUUUAAUCAUUCCCAUGAUUUAUUAUUAGUAUUAAUUUAGUGAAAUUCUUUUAGUAAAAUCGAUUAUCAAUUUGUUGCCUUGUUUUAAUAAAUCGUGGCCAUGAUGUACUAAUUUGUUCCUUCAUUUUGAUUUAAUUCGAUGGAACAAAGUAGUAAGACGCAAUUUACUAAAAGAACGAAGAAUUCGUAGCUGAUUUACGAGGAAACAAAUUUGUAUGACCGCCACGAUGGAACAAAUUCUUGUUGUGGCCUCAAAUUUAUUAAAAUGAGGAAACAAUUUUUUUAUUUGUGGCCACGAUUUAUAGUGAGGGAACAAUUUCUUAAUUUGUGGUCAUAGUUUUAUUAAAACGAGGGAACAAAUUGGUACGACAAUUCUUGGCCUUGAUUUAAUUAAAACGAUGGAA